GGUCCACCAUCAGCUUUGCUGCCAUUCGGUUACUCAUCCUAUCUGUUCCUUCUGCAAAUCCUUGGAAAAGUCUCGAUUAUGCAUUCGGUAGUCUUGGAUAUCACCGUCGGGAGCCCUAGUUUUAUCGAUAUGGAUAUAUUUGAUCUUUGGAUAAAGGGCUAUUCAGCUGCCAAUUCAAUUUAAUUUAUACCGAACCUCUCGGUGCACAUUUGUGACGAAUGCAACCCAUCGUCUAAAUUUUACAGUCAAUGAAGUUCGGAGCGAAUUGACCAAGGACCCUUUGGCAGCGUCAUUUUCCCUAUCCUCGCGCAUGCUUGAGACGCACGUGUUCGACCAUUACGCGCAAUUUUCUUCACUUGAAACUGGGCUUCGCUCUCCGGACACCUUUAUGCAGUCAUGUGCCUAUCAACAGCUCCCCAUAUCUACUCGAAAGGCAUUGGUAGUCAAGUAUUACUCAGUUGAUGAGCGCUUGUUACGCGAACUAGUCGGGCGUAAAUUGUCUAGCAAAACACGCCGUGAGCUGUCUGACAUCGCCGAACGAUGCGAACUUCGUCUACCGAGUUGCAAGCGACAGUUUGACAAUCUACUUUUUGUCGCCCGUCGGACGGAAGACUUGCCUGGUCACUUGGUGGACAACAUCCAGUCGUUAUUUUUGCUCCCCACUGACCUCUCGGAAUCCUACGCUGCUGUUGUGUUUAUCACUACUAAUCGGUUCGAAGUCCUGAAGCGAAGCUUAUCGUACAUUACCUUCGCUGAUCUUACAUACUGUGCUGGUCAGUUGCUCUCGAAUUGGUGUGCAAUUGCCAAGGAACCGAAAGGCGAUGCUCCUUCUGGCGUUGAGUUGGAUUUGCAUUUUUUCCAUGAUCUUAAAGAAUGCAAGUUGCUAGCCGAGAAAAAGGAACUUUUGGAUCGUCAUCGCACCCUUGUUAUACGUGCAUUAAAUGAAACCAAGGAUGUUAAAAUCAUCAGCUCUUUGGAUACCAAUUUCAAGCAUAUUUCGAAAGCCGUGAUCACCAUUGCAUGUGGGCUUUCUCAGGCGAGAGAAACGCAGGACUUACUUGUGGAUAUUGUAGAGAAACUGGUUGAACCCAUGCGAGCCCUAUCGUGGCCCGCAAAAGAUGUCAAACAAUUCUUCGAAGCCUACGGAAAAAGCGCCACGCUACUCCCGCCUGCAAAACCCGAUUCGUUCCGAUCGGUGUGGAUGCGGUUCAUUGUUCCGUUCUCAAAUUGCGUUGAGCGCAUGUACCACUCAUGAAGUCGCCAGAUGUACAUAAAUCGGUUCUGCGUGGUGUGGAUUUGGCAGAUACAUGUGCGGCUACGAUCAUGCCUGCAUCCGAGCUCCAAUAUGUCCGUGGGAUCUCGUGUGAGCGACUCGGCAUCUAUCAAUUCCACGUACACCCACACACGCUGUUUUACAUACGAGACGUUUGACCUCCGCCAUCCGGCAAGACAGUUGCAUCGUCAGCGCACUUUUCCAAACAACUUACAUACAUAGCACCACUCCAGCACCCGGAUAAACAACUAUCCACUAGAUCAUCCAAUUUCUCAGAACUCGGUUCUAACACCGUCCAAUGUACACAAGUUUGUAAGCGUAUUUGAUUAAAGAAUCAAACAGAUUCUAUCUUAAACCAGCUAGAGGUAGGGUGCCUCGAACAAAAAACCCUCUCUCGGAACGGGUAGCCGGUGAGUAUCAACUGUCCUUUCCAUUCCGUCGCCAUUACUAGACAAAUCUAAGUAUUUCAGUCUUCACUACAUUUUUGUAUUCUGUUCACUUAUUACUAUUCUGGCAACGCGAAUUGUGGCAACUGGAUCCAAUCCACUUCGGAGCCCAGAUCAUAGUUGUUUAGCUGAACUGAUUUGAACCGGUGCAUAUUCAAAAGUAAACAGCACGAUAAAUUCCACAACGUUGUUACUGUCACUUGUUAUAAUGACCAAAACAAUGUGGGUUUAUUACAUUGCUUCACCAUUUUCGCAUCAUAAACACGUGGAUAGAGGAAGGGGAUCAGAAGAGUCGAG